ACCAGAAAGCAACGCCUCCCCACCAAAUUAACCCGACGCGUCACGAGUCAGAGCCAAGCAAGCAUUCUACUAGCUAGCUAGUACAUAACCUCCUGAGCGUUGCUUGUGUAGCUGCUAGCGUCGUCCCGUUCGUUGAUUCCGUGCCGUCUAGCUUCGAUCAUGGAGUGGAGGGACAGCUUCCUGGACCUGGCGCUGAUCCCGCUCAGCCUGCUGCUCCCCAUGGCGUACCACGCCUGGCUGUGGCGCGAGAUCCGCCUCCGCCCGCUCCGCACCGCCGCCGGCAUCAACGCCGCCACGCGCCGCCUCUGGGCCAUCGGCAUGAUGAAGGACAACGCGAAGAACGCGGUGACGGUGGUGCAGUCGGUGCGGAACGUGAUCAUGGGGUCGACGCUGAUGGCGACGACGGCGAUCCUCUUCUGCACGGGCAUCGCGGCGGUGCUGAGCAGCACUUACACUGUGAAGAAGCCGCUGAGCGACACCGUCUUCGGCGCGCACGGCGAGUACAUGAUGGCGCUCAAGUACGUGGCGCUGCUGCUCGCCUUCCUCUUCGCCUUCCUCUGCCACACCCUCGCCAUCUGCUUCCUCAACCAGGCCAGCUUCCUCAUCAACACCUCGAGCUGCCUCUUCCCACCCGCUGACGUCGCGGACCCGGAGGGCGGCGCCGGCGGCGGCCUGCCGUCCGCCUGCAGGGACUACGUCGCCGAGGUCCUGGAGCGCGGAUUCACCCUCAACCUCGUCGGAAACCGCCUCUUCUACGCCGGGGUGCCGCUCCUCCUCUGGAUCUUCGGCCCGCUCCUCGCCUUCCUGUCGUCCAUGGUCAUGAUCCCCAUCCUCUACAACCUCGACAUCGUCGACCUCAAGGGCCACAGCGGCUGCGUCAGCGCGAAAUCCACCGAGACGACCACCAAGGGGAGCGAGUGCACGCACGCCGUCUGAAACCUGAUCCGCUGAUCGAGCGAAAAACUCAUCGAAGCUGGGAAGAACCUGAACUUUGUUCUGAACAAACCAUGUGAUCUGUAUCAUCUUCGAUUCGUUUCAGUAUUCUGCUGCUGCUUGCGCAACGGUGUGUGCGGGGCUUUCUUGUCAGGAGACGGCAACUUGCUAGCGUUGGUGGUGUUGAUUCAUGUCGGCCUAAGCUAGCCGUCUUAGCUGAUAAGUAGACGUGUAAUGGAGUACUAGGAAACUCAGCUCUUUGCAUGGAUGCCAUGUCGGAACCCCACGCGUGCUUCAGUUGCUGCCGGUUUCUUCGUGGGUGCUGGUGCUCGACGAGUUGAUCGACACUGUGCCACCACAGAGGCAUAUUCCUAAGCCGCCUUUUUA